AGAAAAUGUGGGUUGGGUGGCAGGGCAGGGCAGGGCAGGGCAGGGAAGUGAAGGGCAGGGCAGGGGAGGGGCAGUCGGGCCGCAUCGGGCCGAGCAGCAGUAUCGACGAGAGGAGUUGCUCGCGCGAGUUUCUGUCUCUGUCUGGUCGAUGCCGAUGCCAGGCCGAGAUGGUGACCCGAGUAAUUGACGAGCGGACGGGGCAGGCAAUUUGAAAUAUUCUUCGUGCACGGUGCUCGGGAGAGAGGGAGGGCAGGGCAGGGCUCCCAGACCUACUGUGGUUGACUAGAACGGGGUUUGGAGUAGGAGAGACGCUGUAUAAUAUAAUAUCCAAUCUGCUGGCAGGAAGAGGCAGGCAAGGCACAAAUUGUGGGCACUUUUGAGAGCAGGAAAGAAUCCUGUGCUGCCUGCCUGCCUCUCUCUGGGUCCUGGGGGAGAGCAAGAGAGACAGAGAAGGAAGCAAGGAAGGGGAGGAGAUGCAUGUCUCCCUGGUGCUGGGGCAGAGAGGGAGAGAGAGAAGUUGGAGGAACAGGCAGCAGUAGCAGCACCAGGAAAGGAAAGGCCAGGAAAAGGCACAGCAAAGCCAAGCAAAUUCUUCUGUUGGUAGAAGGGAAAGGGACAGGAAGGGAGGGAGGAAGGAAGGAAGCAAGGGUAGAAGAGGAUUGAUUUGAUUGCCGGGAGGAAGGAAGAUUGGGCAAGGAAGCAAGUGCAGCGUUGGAAUUGGACUCUUGCUGUGCUGGUGGCAGUGAGUCAGGCUGGACAGGAAAGGGACUUGACGGUAGGGGGAGGGUAUGGCACCCUUGGCACCUUCGGCGUGAAGCAGGAUAGAGGAGUAGGAGAUGCAGAGGCUGGAGAGCUUUGAUGGUGAUGGAGAGAUCAGUUAGAUGCCAGGCCGUGGGCACUGUUGCUGGCUGGCUGGUUGCCCUGUCUGUAUCAAGCUCUUGAGGGCACAACGUUUGUGUGGUCUUUUCCUGGUGGCGUGACAAAGUUGUUGCAGCCAAAGCCCAUCCCUGGCCUGGACAGGCCCUACCUAGAGAAGAGACAGAAGACGAGGAAGAAGAAGAGAGGAGAAGAGAAGAGAGAGAAGGGAAAGCGUGCUACUUAUGCAACUGCAGAAGUAUUGCGCUGAGAGGCGUUAGCCUACAGUCUCCUUUAACUGCCGAACUUUGAGGUGGGUGUAGAAGAUGGUCUGUGAUCCGUCCGAAGAUUUGUAGGCACCCCGUGCAGAAAGGACUGACUGAUUGAUCAAUCGUCGGUCAAAGAAUCGCAAAGAGUCCCUUAGGGACAUGGAUUGGUCCAUGUUUUAAGUAGCCAAUUUUAAAGUGUAGACGUCACCUUUGUCAACUUUUCUAAGCAUUGGGUUUGUUACCAAGGAGGUCGUAGGCCAAAUACACGCAUCCUGCGCACUCCUAAGUAUUAACAUUAUCCUGUACUCGCGGAAACGCUGAAGUUCCCGAGUAUGCUCUGUAUGGGUUGUCAUAGCUGAGACUUGCCAGGGGUUACAGGCAGUUCUUUCGAGAUUUGCACAACAAUCGAACGUCCCUUGUCCCCGACAACCUUGGUACAGUUUAAGAAUAUUUCGCCAUGCCCCUUGCAGAGGCACUCUGCCUGUCACCUGGGGCUACCUCCAGGUCCUUCGGAGAUUUAUACUUAGGAUCCCGUAGCCCGAGUUAACCCCAGAUCAAAUGCAGAUUGGACGACAUGGCGCAAAUCGCACUGAGGCCUGCUGAAACACUUCUGAAGUCAGAGGCCAUCAAUUUGAUGAAACGAGAGUUAACUUACAUUGGAUCAGCAGCGGUAUCAUCGAAUUCAAUGGCGAAAAAGGAUCAGAUUGAAGAUUCAGAUGCGAGUAGUUUUGAUGAACUAGACGAACCUCGACCGGUCAGGAAGAAAAGGCCCAAUCGGCGGUAUGCCGAGCAAAGCAGCGAUGAUGAGUAUUGUCUACGAGCUCUCAAGAGAUCCAUGCCAAGAUACAAGGAGAUUGACAGUAGUUCUGAGAGUGAGUCGGAUUUCACUAGACCAUCGCGAGAUACUGCAUUGAAGCCUACAGGUCUGCCCAUUGGAGUAGUGAGAGGAUGCGUCAAGUGCAGUGACUGUCAAGCGGUAUUGGCGAGAUGGCAUCCAGAAAAUGGUUGCAGACCGUUGGUAGACGAAGCACCCGUAUUUUAUCCUAGUGAAGAGGAGUUCAAGGACACGUUAGGAUACAUAGCCAAAAUUCGUUCUGCAGCAGAGCCUUAUGGUAUCUGUCGAGUUGUACCACCACCAGGAUGGAAGCCACCUUGCCCCCUACGAGAAGAUACAGCUAGACUACGUUGCUUGAAGUUUCCUACCCGUGUACAAGAGAUUCACAAGUUGCAGGUUAGAGAAGCAGUGAAGAAAUGCCCUCAGGUCAAGCAACGACCUGGAGGAAGGAGAGGUAGGGGAGGCUUCAGGGGACGUAUGGGUAGACCUUGUCGAAGGACGCCCAACUUAUCCAUCUCUGGAGGUCCUCCAAAAGUUGUGCAUCCUGAUGAGUCAUUUGGUUUUGAACCAGGAGCGUCCUUUUCCUUGGGUAUGUUCGAGAAGUAUGCUCAUGAGUUCAAAGAGCAGUAUUUUCAGGACUCGGCUAAUGAAGUUACUCCCAUUAUUACUGGAGAGGAAACUGUGCAUAAAGUAAACCCUUCUGUAGAUGAAAUCGAAGCAGAGUAUUGGCGCAUUGUUGAGCACCCUACUGAUCGAAUUGAGGUUUUGUACGGAGCAGACGUGGAGACCGGAAGUUUUGGUAGUGGUUUUCCCAAAUCUAAGCCUGGAGAGGUUAUCAAUGAUCCAGAUUCUUACGAGAAUUCUGGCUGGAAUUUGAAUAACAUUGCAAGGCUAGCGGGAUCGAUGCUUGCCUAUGAGAACAGCGAAAUAUCGGGAGUGCUGGUGCCAUGGCUUUAUAUUGGGAUGUGUUUUUCUUCCUUUUGUUGGCAUGUGGAAGAUCAUCAUUUUUACUCAUUGAAUUAUAUGCAUUGGGGUUCUCCUAAGGUCUGGUAUGGAGUUCCUGGUUAUGCUGCUUCUGAUCUUGAGACUGUCAUGAAGAAGCACUUGCCUGACCUCUUCGAUGAGCAGCCGGAUCUCUUACACAAGCUGGUGACUCAGUUAUCGCCUUCAAUUUUGAAAGCUGAGGGAAUACCAGUAUACAGACUGGUGCAGCAAGCAGGAGAGUUUGUGAUCACCUUUCCUCGAGCCUACCAUUCUGGUUUCAAUUGUGGCUUCAAUUGUGCAGAAGCUGUAAAUGUUGCCCCAGUUGACUGGCUACCUCAUGGACAGAGUGCAGUAGAGUUAUAUAGAGAGCAGCGACGGAAGACAUCUGUAUCCCAUGACAAGCUCCUCCUAGCAGCUGCAAGACAAGCUGCGAAAAAGCUUUGGCAUAACAGAAACCAGCUGAGUAUGCAGGCCAGUCAGGGAUUCAAUGUCAAGCAGGAAGUACAACAAGAUCUGUCGAAGGAUGGGAGAUCUGGGUGUGAUGAUUUUUGGCAAGCAAUAUGUGGUCAAGGCGGAGUUUUAGUACAAGCGCUUAAGGAACGGGUGCGUAUGGAGCGGGUGAGACAAGCUGCGUUCCUAGGAGAGGUGCACAUGAAGAAAAUGGACCGCGUCUACGAUUCAACUGAUGAGAGGGAAUGUGCAGAAUGCCAUUAUGAUCUGCAUUUGUCCGCAGUUGGAUGUGAAUGCUCUCCUGAGAAGUAUGUCUGUCUGCCUCAUGCCAAGAAUCUCUGCGGAUGCCAAUGGGGGAAGAAGUCUGUCCUUUACCGUUAUGAUAUAGUUCAGCUGGAGCUCCUUGUUGCUGCCCUUGAAGAUAAGCCAGGGGCAUUGAGUAUAUGGUCUCAACAAGAACAAACCCUCAGUAUUUUUGCCCAAUCUUCGCUUCCCCCCCUUGGAAGUCAAGAUGGAGGUACGAAUGGUUCUCUGGUGAAGACCGAAUACACUACCACAAGUCUGUCGUUCGGGAAAGGUACUUUCAGAGCUCAAGAAUUAGAGUUCAGCUUAGCAAAUAAGAGAGAAACUUAUAACUCCCGUUCAGUUACCACUUUAGAUAUACAUGGGAAGUCAUUUCCCCCACAAUGGUUUCAUGGGACAAACUCUCAAGGAGCAGUCCCACCUCAACAAUAUGCAGGGCAUUUUGUAAAUAAUUUUGCUCAAGUUCAGCCUGUAUCUGUGCUUGAAGAGAGUAGGGUUAGCAUAGGUGGAGGAGAGAGACAGUGGGGAUUGUCUUCCGAAGGCAAAGGGCCUGCAAAUAUUGUGGUCAAGAUAGAACCCCAGACUGCUGAAAGAACAGCAUCAUCUGGUAGACCAAUGCUUAUACUUCUUAGCGACGAUGAGGAAGAAAGUUCUCUUAGGAGGGCACGCCUCAGGGAACGUCUUGGGGAGAUGGCAUUCGCCCAUGAAAGAGUAGAUGCUGGAAUGUCAGCUUUGAGCAGUGCAUCAAGUUCUGACGCUGCACAGAAAAUGCCGAUUGAGGGUUGUGAUGUGUUCAAUCCCCGCAUUGGUGCCUUUCCUAUUCAAACAUAUGGCCAUGCUCCAAGUCAUACUGGUACGAUUUGUCCACAAUCAAGUGUAAAUGCUCCUAGUGCGAAUAUGACACCAUUUGUCAGAGUUAACCACCAACAGUCCACCCUUUCCAAUGGGGUCGUUCUUGCCAGUUGUUCUCAAGGGCCAACGAAGAAGAGACCAACCAAACUGAGACAACAAGCGAGGGAAAAUCCAAGAGAGGGAUCUAGAUUGUUGGGCCCUCGAACAGAGCAGCUAUAUACUGCUCAGCACGUGUUCGACGCCGUCCAUGCAAUGCGCUUGCAAAGUGGUCAGGCAGAUCAUUUGCAUUCCACUCAGUUUGGGCCGGACUACAGUGCGGUUGCUCGUGCAGAUCCGAAUGCAAACAUGCACUACGGCGACGUUAACUCAUCAAAGCCAGUGCACUCUGUCAGUGCUCUCCAAGCUUGUCAGUUGUCAACGGCAGACAUUGAAGUACCACCACCGACGCAAGCUGGAGCGGUCAUCCAGUCUCGCACCCCAACAAGGCUGGAGCGUCCCGCUGGUCCACGCAUCGCGAAGGUGGUGCGGAAGAAGAUUCACUAUGAAGUAGAACUGCUGGACGUGGGAGCACUGGUUUUGCGAGAGGGUUGGCACAACAAACAGGCUAUAUACCCUUCAGGUUUCAAAAGCCGUACCAGUUUUUGCAAUGUACUGAAUAUCACACAGACAUCUUUGUACACCUCUGAAGUCAUAGAUUGUGGACAAAGUGGCCCCCGCUUUAAGGUAACACUGGAAGGCAACAAUUCCGCAGUCUUUAUCGACGAUUCAAUAGAUACCUGCUGGCAAACAGUUCAAGAACAGAUAAAUAAGGAAAUUAUAAGAUGUCGGAGCCAAGGUCAUACAAAUCUACCAGCUCUACAACCACCUCAAAGUCUUCAUGGUCUGGAUAUGUUUGGUUUCACUUCACCAAGUAUAGCCCAGGCAGUUGAAGCCCUCGAUCGUUAUCAUCAGUGUACGGAAUAUUGGUCGUCAAAAUUGAAAAGUACAGUUGCUGUCGGGUGUAAUAUUUCACCUCUCAAUCCAUCGGAACAUCGACCUUCUACUCCUGACGAAAUCAAAAUUCUGAGACCGAAAAUCAAAGGAUCUUCUAUCGAAGUGGGCAGCGGACCACUCACAGCCAUAAUGGAACCAGAGUAUCCUCCCAAGGGAAAGCUUGAACAUUACAGUGUUUUGAAGGGCUUCUUCCAUAAAGGGACUCGUGAAGAACUGUGGGCAUUACAUCGACUUUUCAAUUGUGAAUGGCAAGGGAAGGAAUGGAGGGAGGCAUUUCAGGCACUCACAGAUGUACUGGACAUCCGAAAGCCGUAGGGACCAUGUCUGCCUUUCCGUGUAUGCUUCCAAGCCAAGGUAAGACAUGUUUUGAGUACAGUAGAACAAUUUUGAUUCAUUGUCAAGCAUCAAUAAAGUUAAAAGGUAGACCGAGCUUGCGCCAUAUCCGCCGUUAUUCUGUGGCUGGUUUCAAAACUAACUGUGACUGCCGAUCUAAAAUUUCUUUUCGGAUGGGAGAGACGGAUGAUAAUGGAUGUGAACUCAAAUGAAUGUAUAAGGUGAAAGGCUUCACAAAGACCAGUUUCAGUCACUAGUGUAGGAAGUUAAUAUAGCUGUAUGUAAAGCAGUUAACUGCAAAAAGCUAUAUAGUCUUUGAUGGUCGGCAUUGAGCCAAUGAUAAGUCUUACUAAAUUUGUAUCACAAGAACUUUGUGUGUCUGUUAUGAGGUGGUAUAUACAAACUUGGAUCAGAUUGAGACUUCACCGAAUGAAAACUUCAACAGUCAGACUUAAAGUUAGGGUUUCUCCAAAGCUUUCUCAUUCGCCAUUGCAGUUGCCAUUCUGGACUUUUCGAUUGUAGAGUGCGGAAAGCCAGUUUUUCCACGCAGACAAAAUGUGAUUCUUAAUUGAAAUCUGCUCAUUUUAGGUGCUUGUUGAGAUUGAGCGUCUUGCUUUGUGCAAGCUAGGACUUCUCUCUUAAAAUAUGACUUACAUC